AGCGGAACAGCUCAAAAGAAGAAGAGAGAGAAGGAGGAGCCCAAGACCCAGCCCCAGACCAAGAGCCAAGCCAUGUGGGAGGUGGUCGUGACGCAAUGGAUUUGAAUUUCAAGUGUUGAGCCACAGAAAUACCGGACUGUGAAUGGCUCCUGAGUGGCAGUAUGGCUAAGACUCAAAGAUUCAAGAGAAACACUUCAGGAUUCUGCUCCCCAGUUAUUGACCGAAUGGGUAAAUGGGAAUGCUCGCCAGGUAAUGACGAGAAACACUCCCCACUGGCCUCCAGUUCCCCCGUUUUGUGCCGCAGGGUAAAGAAAAGGAAGCAGCUGAAUCUUAGCUCAGAGAAGCUGCUCAAAGAAAAGCCACCGAGAAACUCUGAAAAUUGUAUAGCCAAUGAUAGCAAAAGUGAGAGUGCAUUAAUUGACGAUUCUCUCAUCGAAAAACUUUUUGCCAAGGACAUUAAUGAUAGUAUAAAUGAGAGUUCUGUAUUAAUUAAGGAUGACUCUUUCAUCAGUCAUAUAAAUUUUGAUAAGCUUGACCAGCUUACUUCUUCGGGGUCUAGUGGCAUUCCUACUGCACCAUUGUCACCACAGCUCUUUGAAGAAAUAUGCCCUCCAAAAGUAUGUGAAUCCCAGUCCAGCAUUAUCUCUCCCACCCAAGCCAGCAUCAUCCUUCCCACCCAGGCCAGUCUCUCCAGCACUCUUUCCUCACAACCCCUGGUUACUCGUAUUCAGAGGCAGUUCAAGAGUGGAGGGCAACUCAAGUGUGAAAAUGAGCGCCGAAAAGAGGAGAUGGUGGCUGCCCUGGAGGAGUGCACUCGCAGCACUCACGAGUCCUUUAAUCUGGGACCUUUCUUUGGCCUGCAGUCUCGUGUCUUGGAGCUGCUCAAAACCCACCGAGGGAUCACCAAGCUUUAUGAGUGGCAGGAGGACUGCAUCCUCAAAGGAGGGACAGGGUCCAAUUUGCUCAUCUCCAUGACCACCAGUGGUGGAAAAACCUUAGUUGCCGAAGUGUUGGUGUGGCAACAGCUUCUCCUCAAGAAACUUGACGCUCUGUUCAUCUUGCCCUAUGUGGCUUUGGUGCAAGAGAAGGUAAGAGAUCUGGCACCUUUUGGAGUGGAGCUGGAUUUUUUAGUGGAGGAGUAUGCCAGCAGCAGAGGAACCUAUCCCCCAACUAAACACAAAAAAAAAAGAGUGGUCUAUGUAGCUACGAUAGAGAAAGCAUGUGGGCUCGUCAACUCUCUCUUGGGUGAAGGUCGGAUCAAAGAGCUUGGCCUGGUUGUUGUUGAUGAGGUUCACAUGGUGGGAGAUAGUGGAGGACGCGGGGCGAUUCUGGAAAACCUUCUCACUACACUACGAUACUCUGCACCCUCGGUGCAGGUAGUGGCCAUGAGUGCGACUGUUGGCAACAUUAAGGAGUUGGCAGAAUUUCUUGGUGCUGAGACUUAUGAAAACAGCUUUCGUCCUGUCCAGCUUGUUGAAUAUGUUAUGAUGGGAGAGCAGCUGUGUCAGAUCAACAAGGCAGCGAAGACAGAGACUGAAUUAUUUAUAAAUAGGCGCACAUGCACCUUUAACAGCCAAAACCACAUCGGUAUAUUAGUGGAAGAAGUUGUACCUCAGUACUCUUGUCUGAUAUUUUGUCCCACGAAACUUUGGUGUGAGAAUGAAUCACUAAACAUAUCCAAAACCCUGCCCAAAAAGCUGAAGCAGUUUUUCUAUGACAGAAAGAAAGCUCUACUCAGUGCUUUACAAGAGGAAGGAGGGGAGUCUAUAUGUCCCGUGUUAAGGAAGACUAUCCCCUAUGGAGUUGCUUAUCACCAUUCUGGCCUGACUGAUGCAGAGCGCCACCUGAUAGAGGAGGCAUAUCUACAGGGAACCAUUUGCAUCAUAUGUUGCACAUCCACCUUGGCAGCUGGGAUCAAUCUUCCUGCCAGAAGGGUCAUAAUUCGAUCGCCAUAUACAGGACGAGACUUCUUAACGCAGGCAAAAUAUAAACAAAUGGUUGGAAGAGCUGGACGUGCCGGUUUAAGUUCAUCUGGAGAGAGCUUUCUUCUCAUUGAGAGAAAGGACUUGAAGCAAGUAGGAAAGAUGCUGCUGUCAAGAGUGGAGAACUGCAUCUCUUCCUUGGCUGAAGAAGACUUCCAUGGUCUGACUACACUGCUCUUUACCUCAAUAGGUCUGGAUGUUGCAUCGUCUCUCUCUCAGCUGAAAAAACUUGCAAGCCUUUCCCUACUGGCACGUCAAGCUCCUGACCUGGAUGUAGAUGUCUCGCUCAAGGUGGUUGAGCUAAUAGAAAAGCUGAGGGAGAUGGAGUUGGUGCGCAUUAAACAAGAGCAGGACGACUUAAUUCCAGCACUCCCUGAGGCUAGCAAGUUGAGCUCCUCCAAAAAGUCAUCCGAUGCAUCCCCGGCAUCAGCCGUAGUAAUGCUCAGCCGUCCUGUGGAAGAUGGAGACAUUCUAGAAGUCAGCAAGUUGGGGCGUGCUGCCAUCAAGGGGAAUGUUAAGUUUACUGUGGCCCAGCGACUGUUUAAUGAUCUUCUUGAAGCACGAGACAGGCUCUCCGUGAACACUUACCUUCACUUGAUACACCUUGUCAUACCCUAUGAAAGUGUUCAGGCAGUGAAGAUAAAUCCAAAUGUGUUUCAGAGGGCUUACUCCAUGCUUGGGAAGGAGGAACUUAAGCUGGCCAGUGCUCUGCGAAUACAUGACGGGGUCAUUGCUCGCAUGAUAUCAGGAAAGAGGAUAAAGAAUGUCACUGAAGAGGUACUGAAAAGGUUUUACAGUGCAAUGAAACUUCACGUUGUGUGGUGUAGGCAGGGUGUGUGGGAAGCAAGUUCACAGCUUGGGUGUCAACGUGGAGACCUGCAGCAGCUCCUCAACAGUACCACUGCCUUUGCUUCAUGUGUUUCACACUAUUGUGCAGAAUUAGAACAGCUGUGGGCUUUUAGGGAUCUUCUAGCCAACAUAACGCAGGUGUUGUCAGGGUGUUGUGUAGCAGAGUUAAUGCCUCUGUUGGACUUGCCUGGCAUUAAGAAGGGUCGAGCACAAUUGAUGUACAAAGCUGGGCUAAAAACACUGCAAGAUGUAGCAAUAUGUGAACCUAGAACAUUGAUGGGGGCUGUGAGGCACCUGUCUUAUGUGUCAGCCCUUCAGAUUGUUAAUACUGCUAAGAUGUUGCUGAUUGAUAAAGCUGAAACCUUACAAAUGGAGGCAGAACAGAUGAUUUCAGGUUUAUCUACAACUCCGCAGAUUCAAACAAUAUCUGGAAUUACUGGUGUAAAUGAAAAAGUUCCUUGACAUACAAUUUUUAAAGGAAUAUUCUCCCUUGGUUUCUUAUGAAUUAGAGCAAUGGAAAGCUCUAGAAUGUCUCCAGUAGUAAAUAGGAAUCCAGUAUUCAUCACAACUAUUUUCCUGAACCAAGGAAGGUAGAAUGUUCAGACUUGAGAAGCAGAACAGUGGCAAGAAGGGGAGAAAAAUGCCUACUUAAACAUUUCACAUUCAUUCACACAUCUUCACCAAAACUCCAUCCUCCCAUUUUUCUCGUUAAGCUUAAGGAACUCAGGCUGGCUUUCUCUGCCCUCUCAACCACUUGUAUGAUACAGGGUAUAAGUAUCAUGCCAUGCAGGGGUAUCUGUCGGAUUGAGAGAUUUUACAUAUAGGUUGAUAUAUAAGAGUUAGGAUAAUUAUUUCAAGACUGAAAUAUUUGGGUAGAUAUUGGAGUAUAUACUUAUAUUUUUAUACUUGUACUGGUGUGACUGCAUUUUAUAUAUGACUUAUGUAAAGACAUGGACAACUAUAUAAAAAUAAAACAUACCUAUU